CUUUGCCGAAAUCCCACCCUCCAUGCUGCCCUGGAGGCGCGCGCACGGCUCGUCUGGCACUGCACUGCAUGGUGCCUGGCCCUGAGCCUAUGCCGCGCUUAAGGGGACAGGGGUCCGGAGCCUAACAGCGCGGUUUUUGCCCCCUCGUCACUCCACUGCACGACUCUCAGGCCCGGCAUGGCUGAGCCAACGUUCGAUUCCGCGGUCCUCUAAGCUGACGGCGUUGCAAAGAUGGCGCCUGGGAGCCCGUGUUGCGGUGGAGCGGUGCCUGGUACCUUUUUUUUUCUUCUCGCUUUUGCUUUAUUGGCUGCAUACGUGACUGCACAUGCAUGUAUACACGGCAAAGCGCUGGUGGAGGGAGUGCAUGGAUCCCGCGUAUCUGGGCCUGUUGCAGCCAUGGAUGGACUCGAGCAUGUGGUUCCAGUAGAAGCGGUAGCAGUAGCAGAAGAAGCAGUAGCAGUUUGUAGCGUCCAGUUCUGCCCCAGCCUCGUAGCCCUUGAUGCGACUUUGCUGUACAUACAAAAGGCUCCGCGGUUGCCACCAUCUCUUGUCAACCCCCUUUCCUUCCCUUUCUCUUCCGCCACGCACCUCGUUCUUCGGUUGCUUUUGAUACCCUUUUUUCUUCCUCUUUUUUCUCUUCUCCAACUCCAACUUUCAUUCUCAACAGGCCUGUGGCCGAUUCCCUUCCUUUCGCUGGUCGAUUUUCUGCGCACUCCUUGUUUUCACUCCCUUCUUCCUGUUUAGCAGACAAGACAUCAAUCCUUUGUCCAGCUAGUUUGCGACUCAUUCCCUCAGUUCAGUUCAGUUCAGUUCAGCUCCAAGAGCCAUCAGCGACUCAUCUCAAGAUUUCGUCUGAGAUCCUUCCAUCCUUUUCAACCGAGAACAGGCCGUCUUUUACGUUUUUGCUGUGCAACCGA